GACGUAAAAUUUAUUGUAAAUUUGUUCAACAUAUCUUGAAGCCAUCACUUGUCAUUUAUUUUUAUUAUCGGGGGACGAUUUAUAUGCAGAAUCGGUCAUUUAAAAGUGAAAUGCGUUUGUCGUCUUGGAUAAAAGUUGCCAUCCAUCAAGCUACAUAUCAAUUUAUGCUCGUCAGGUCUCCUACCGUUGUAUCAUUACACGAAUGUUUUCUUUCGAUAACUUUGCAUUUAUCGUAUGUGUUUAAUAUAUUGUUUAGUGCCAUCUGUCUUGGAUAAAUAUAGGUUUUCCGAUUGAAAUUUUAUUAUGUUGUCCUUUUCUCUGAAUUAAAACUAGAAAAAUUCUUGUCAUGCUAUGAUUACUGCUCAAGUUCAAACUAAUUAUGUCUUCCAUCGAAUUAUUUCAAAACAGUAUUCCUAUACAUUCAAAUUCAAGAACAUUUGCUUCUGUUACAAGUCCUUGGGAAUCUGCUGGAGAGACUGCUUUAGCAAUAUUGGUCGUAUUCAUCUUGUCUCCCUUGAUCAUCUGCAGUAACGCACUCUUAGUGCUUGCCAUCAACAGGUAUAAAAGACUUCGAAACCCAAGCAACUAUUUUCUCUUAUCAUUGUCUACUGCAGAUUUAGGAAUUGGACUAGCAUUACCAUUAGGACUGUAUUUUGAAUUUUCGCGUUCUAAAAUAAACUGUGUAUUUUUAUGCUUAUUCCCGUAUUCGGUGUUAGUUGUUUUAUGUGGAGUUUCGAUUCUCAGUUUAACAGCUAUUUCAUUAGACCGUUAUACUUCUUUAGCAACACCUCUUCGCUAUAACAACAUAAUUACUCACCGGUCAGUCACCAAAUACAUUAUAUUCUUUUGGAUUUAUUCAAUUUUAUUGGGUUUAACACCAUUAGUUUAUUGGUUUUAUUAUCGAGGUGAUGCCACAGAUAUUACCUGUUCCUUCGAUUUAAUACGGUAUCAAGUAAGGCUUUUCUUGAUAUUUGCUCUAUUUAUACCAUGUUCUACUGUAAUGAUAAUUUGCUACUUGUACAUUUAUUUCGUGGCCCGUUCUCACGCCAGAGCCAUAUUUACAGUAGAAAUAUCGCUCCGUCAAGUGGCAAAUUCCGAACCACGAUAUGGUCGAACUUUAGCAUUGACUGUAGGUCUGUUUAUAAUUACUUGGUUGCCAUUUCAAAUUUGUGUCUUCAUCGAUGUCUUCCAAGAUUCGCAUUUGUUAUCGGGAAGAUUGGCUUUCUAUUUUGGAAUUUUACUUCUUGCCAACAGUGCUAUCAAUCCGUGUAUAUAUGGCUUUCGUAAUGCUGAAUUCAAAGCAGCUUUUCUUAGGAUCAUCGAAAGUGUACUACCGAAGCUCAGUGGUGUAAUACGCAGGCGUUACGAACAACGUAACAGUCUCCGAACUUUUACUAGAUGCCAAUCGCAUGUUCGUUUAUGUGCAUCUCCUAAUCAAAUUAUUAGCACAGACAUGUUACGAGUAUCAUAUCUCAGACCUAUGGAUACUAUUGAACUGACUGCUGCCAGUAGUACUCCAUAUAUUACUACACCCGGAGAAGCAGGGAAUGGUGAAAUUGGUAUUGCAGUACUAUGAUGAUAAAUUAUAAUUCGUUCUAAUUACAUAUAUUGUAAAACUAUUGUUUCAUAAAAAUUCCCGAAUAUAAAAAGUCAAAAGUAAAA